AAGCCAUUCGAUUCACACACGACUUUGUCUUCUUCCUUUUAUGAUUUUCUCUUUCUUUCUUCCGUUACGAAAUCAGAGGCAAAGGCUACGAAACGUGAUUUGGGUAGCUUGCUUUUUCGGGUUCUGGAAUCGGUUCGCUGAUCACCAGACCCGCACGUUCUCCUCCUGCUCCGUCAUCAUCAGUGUCGCUCGCCUUCUUCGCUUGCAAGCUCGAGGAUCAGAACUCGGAGCCCACGAGUUUGCUGCUUCCUUCUUUCUUUCUUUUUUUCCCUUUUUUUGUUGGAGGAGCAAAGAUAAGAGAACCGGCAGCGCGGGGAAGUUCUCGGGUAUUCAUCAGGAGGAAGAGUGAUGUAUCCGAAGGCGAUGGUGAAGGUGAAGGUGAAGGUGAGAGACGAUUGUGGAGAUCGCGAUGAUGUUAAGCGUGAUGUUCCCAAGAGUCCAUUGCUGGGACUGAAAGCUCUCGACUACCUCUCUCUGCACGAUUUUGACCCUCCUGUGCAGGAGCAUCAAGUUUUUCGACAAUGCACAGCAAGGGUCCAAAAGAGUUCCAUGGAAAAUGCUCUGAGAUAUCCAGUAUCUGAAGGGAUGAGCGAAUCAACAUCCGAUGAAGAUUCUAAACUAAACAUCAGAGCCAGCGCAGUGCCUCGUCCACGUGCAGUGUUAUCUAGUCCUGAUAAUGAUGUGAUGAUAGGGAAAAAGAACAAAAGAAUUGUAGAGCGGCCUUCAGCUUUGAAGAAUAAUAACCCCCUCCGUUCAAGAAAUGGUCAGCCUAAGGAUGUCUCAAAAGAAGCUGUCUACUAUGAGCCUAAGAGCACAAGAAAACCCAAGGAGACCACUGAUGAUAAGAUCCUGUCCAGGCGGACAAAGGAGCCGGCUAACACAGCUGUUGCUGCCAGCCAGAGAACACGCCCUCAAACCAGAAAACCGAGCUUUGUGCUAAUUUGAUUUGCCAGGAUCUGAGACAUACUCAAAAGCAAGCAGUUUUGCCGUUUCUGUGGCGGUACUCAAAUAUAGGCCAGCCAUACUUGUGAUGGUUCCCAAGGAUCCAAGCACCUUCAGUCUAUAGCUAGACUAAAUUAUCUUGGCUAAGCUUACAUAUAAAAAAUAAUGAAGUGUUAACUCUUAACAGAGUCUCAGACUUUUCAUAUUUACCCCCGCUUCUUGCCUCUUACCUUUGUACAUAACUAAUACUGGUUGAGCUGUGCAAUUUCGGCGGAUGUAAACGUCUAUGAUGAUCCUUUUGUGAAGCAAUACACCUUUUUUUGUCUCUAA